CCACCACCAUCCUAUAACAGCAACUCGACCAAUAUUCCUUGACAGAAUUACAACGAUACAACCGGCACACGCCUCGACACAACCGCAAUCAUGGCUGAUACUGCUGAAGUAACCGAACGCAAGCCUCGUAAGUCUGUUCAAUUUUCUGAAGGCGCCACGAUUGUCGACAGCAACGGCGACGUCACCAAAUCCAUGGAGCUGAACGGCGGCAAAGAUUCUGCCGAGGGUCACUCCUCUGGUGGCGUAGGCGAGGACAAGGAGGUCGACGAGGUCACCGACAUGUUCGCUGACCUCGCCAAGAAGAAGAAGAAGAAGUCGACCAAGAAGAAGGAGGGUGAGGAGGAAGAAGGUGCAGAGGGCGACUUUGCCGCGCUCAAGAAAAAGAAGAAGUCGACCAAGAAGAAGGUCGAGGACGAUUUCGAGGCUAAGCUCGCUGCUGCGGGUGGCGAAAAGGCCGAGGGCGAAGAAGAGGCCGCUGUCGCAGAGCCAGAAGUUCAAGAGGGCGACAUGAUGAAGGGCACUGGCAUUUGGCAACACGACCAGACGACUCCCAUCAGCUACAACCUCCUUCUGAGCCGCUUCUUCACACUCCUCCACGCGCAACACCCCGACCUCGCCAGCUCAGGCACAAAGAGCUACAAGAUCCCGCCGCCACAGUGCAUGCGUGAAGGUAACAAGAAGACGGUGUUUGCCAACCUCGCCGAGAUUUGCAAGCGUAUGAAGCGCUCCGACGAGCACGUUGCGCAGUUCUUGUUCGCCGAAUUGGGUACGAGCGGUUCAUUCGCCGAUCAGAAGCGCCUGGUUAUCAAGGGUCGUUUCCAGCAAAAACAGUUGGAGAACGUGCUGAGGCGGUACAUUGUCGAGUACGUGACGUGCAAGACGUGCCGCUCGCCCGACACGGACUUGUCCAAGGGUGAGAACCGUCUCAACUUCGUUACGUGCAACAGCUGCGGCUCAAGGCGUUCGGUCCAGGCCAUCAAGACUGGUUUCUCUGCACAGAUUGGAAAGAGACGGAGAAUGGUGGCCUAGGUGUGUUGGUGUUAUGUGGUUUACGAUGUUCAACGUUAUUGCAUGGCUUGGGCUGGUCGGGGCUUUGGGAAGCGGGCGCUCCAACGGCUGCUUUAAUGAGGCUCUCACAUCGGUUAUGGAGAUGGUCAUGAUAGAUACCAUGCAACGUCUAUGCUAUGGACAGCUGCAGGGGAUUGGGGUCGAGGCCGACCCGGAAUGAUGAAGAGUAAGCAAG